AUGCUUCAGACUUCAAGAAAUCAGCUCCUCUAUCUCAGUGCCCUGGGUGUAUGGGGUCUCUGGGGUUAUGCAUCAUUUAAAGGCAUGUUCCGCCGCCUCGACACACUCACAAAGACACAGCAUUUUCCAGACGGCAGGCCCCUCCGCUCCUCGUACACAGGCCUUGCACCACUAGACGCCCAGCUUUCUCUCGUCACAGCAUUCUACGAUGUCCUCACAAACUCGCUCAGCUCUGGCCCACGCUUGCUGUUCUUUGACAUCAACUAUGUCGUCGCAUGCGCAAACCUAUGGACGCUCAUUGAAUCUCGCCGUCGCGGUGUGCGUUCCUUCUUCCUGAGGUAUCCAGCGUGGGCAAUGGCUCUCUGCAACUUCAACGGCGCUGCUAUUGUGCUGCCACUGUACAUGUUUCUAAUCUGCCGUAGUAAGGCACGCUUACGCGACUCUAGCGUACCGUUGUACGACGCGGUAGCGAUGCCAGUGACGGCUGUGGUGAUUCUGCUUCAGCCGCUGCUUAUCUUUCUACCAGCAUGGUUGGGCUUCGAUGGUUACGAAACCCAUCAUGGAUUGAUUGCUCUUUUUCAAGUUGCCCCUAUCCUUAUUCUUGGCUUUUAUCUGGGGCUUGUAUCAAUUCUCCCUCAAGGGCCUGUCACACCAACAUCAUGCAAAGAAGCCAAAAGGUGGAUCGUUGCCUCACUUAUACUUGCUGGCACCGUCGCCUCAGCUGUGCACAUUUAUAUUAUGAUCCGUGCAAUGCGAACCCACGAUAGCGAUGCAUCCCUCUCCAGGCUAUUUGUUCCUGCCUGGGGUUUCUCUGACCCAGGAACGAUCCUCAAGACGACUGAGGGAAGAUCCAGAGAGUACACCUCGCUUCUGGAAAACCUUCACCUGUUUUCCCAAUGGGACUGGAUCGUUGUGUGUCUGACGACGGUGGUGGCUGUCCACUUGUUUCUCUCUCGUCGGGACGGACUCAAGGUUGAUAAGUCUACCUCGCCACACGAGGUCCAGGAACUGGUCUAUCUUGCAAUAUCUACAGCGGUUCUCGGGCCUGGAGGUGCUGGUUCAUUUGCGCUUGCAAUCCGAGAAGCCAGGAUCUGA